UCUCACCGUUCCUCAAACCCUAAAUCUCUCGUUCUGCCUAUUAUUCAUAUUCUCCAAACUGUGUUUCCGUCUGAUCUGACCUCUGAUUAAACAAGUUACUAUCUUCGGCCAAAAAAAAAAAAAAUCACGGUUAUCGCGAUGGCCAGCCCAACUGAUCCUCAUGAUCAACCAGAACCAAACCCGAACCAGAACCCUGCUAUGCCUCAGCAGGUAGCUGAGCCGCCUAAAACACUAAUCGUAGAAACUCUUCAACCCCAAGACAAAUGCGAUGAUCAAGAAGAUCCAAUCGAAGAAGAAGCUAAUGUAGACGACACAGAUUUGCCUAUUCCUUCAUCUCCACCAAUCACUGACCUCCAUGUCACCACCACUACCACUGGCUCUCGCCGUGGCGGGGGUCCUAAACGCAAGAAGACGGCCACGAAACGACGCGCUCAAGAGAAAAAGUCCCAGAAGAAGCUGGAGAUACUGACUGAAACCCUAAGGCCCAUUCCUUUUGUCCCCAACAAAACCCUAGAUUUUUCAUCACACGAAAAGCUCCUGAAGCAACUUGGUUUGUGGGAUUUUGUUCAUUUGGAAUUUCAUGGAAGCGUUCGAGCUGAUCUGAUCGCUCAGUUGAUCGCUACUUACAACCAGCAAUCACGUUGUAGCUACGUUAAUGGGUGUCGCAUUGGGGUCAACCGGGCCGACUUGGCCCGUGCUUUGAAGUUGACUGUGAAGAAAGAUAAGGAUAGCAUUGGGGAAGUUGAAGAAUCAAAGGAAUCGAUAGGCUUUGUUGAGGAAUUUGUGUCAAAUUGGGUGCUUUUGCAUGAGGAUACAUGGAUGACGCCUGUGGAGGUGUUGAACUGGACCAAAAUCAUCAAAGAAGGCCAUUUUGAGAAGGUAGAUUGGGCUGGUUUGAUUUGGUUUAUGGUGGAGAAAGAGCUCAUGGCUGCCCCUAAAUUAGGUAAUUGUUAUUAUGCCUCGCAUAUGCAGUGUAUGAUAAAAUACCAGAAAGACGAGCUGCUGCAGGAGAUACCAAAAAUAGAUGUUUAUGACACCAAGGUGGAAGAGGAAGAGCAUAAUAUUCCUGGGGAUUUUAAGAUGGCUGCUGAUGGGAUUGAUGAAUUUCAUGGGGGAUCACAGUUGGAGGAGCAUAAUAUUGAGUUGAGUCUUGGUGGGCAGGAUAAUUUGAUGAACAAGGAUGAUGUUGAAAAGGAGGCUGUUGGGGAUGAUGAUGUUAUGGAUUGCGAGGAAAGUAAGGGGGAUGAACAUCAACACGUGCAGUGGCAUUUGGAUGGAGACAACUAUAUGGAUGUGGGUGGGGAGAAUUUCUUACGACCGUGUAAUUUUGGUGAUGUUGGUGGUGUUGAAAUGGAGGAGGAAAAGAAACAAGAGAAAGGAGAGCAAAGAGAGGAAGGAGAGAGUGAAAUCGGGGGAGAGAUGGGAGAGGGAGAAGAGGCAGGAGAGGAAGAGGAACAAGAUGAACAGCAUGAACAAGGAUUCCCUAUUUCACCAAAAGGUGACAAUUUGGAGGGUGUACAUUCAACAAAUCUUCUUGAAGCAAUGGAAACUGCAGAUCUCCCUUUUCCAGCCGGGUUGCACAUUCGUGAUAGCUCAUCAGGGAAAUUUCUUCAUUCUAGGGGUGAUGCUCAGACAGUUCCUGGUGUCUCAUCAUUUCUGAGUAAUGGUAACAAGAGAGAGAUUGAUCAUGAAAAUGAUCUUUCUCAUCAUUCUUUGAAUGGGAGCAAUAAGCGCUUGAGAACUGAUGGGCAAUGGGUUGAUAAGUCAUCUGACUUUGAUAUGUGCAUGGAGCAAAUGCAGCAUUGGAUUGGUAAAGCAAGAAUGCUCUAUGCUGCAAAAGAACAGGCUUAUGGAGAUUCCAGCAUGAAUCAACAAAUGUUACUCGAGGAGUUGCAACGAAGGGAUAGCAUUAUUGAGCAUUUGCAUAAGGCCAAGUAUGACGAGCAGCAUAAGAGACAGGUGGAGGUUUAUAGGCUUGAGCGGGAGCUCUAUUUGAUGGAAAAUCUAUUAGAUGGAUAUAGAAAGGCUUUGAAGGAAACAAACCGAGCUUUUGCGGAGUAUAGGGCACGUUGUCCCCUGCCUGAUGAACCGCUUUACAAGGAUGUUAGUGGGUCUGGGGGGUUAGUGCUGAGCACUAUGGAACUAGAAAAGCAGCGUCUGAAACAAGAAGAAGAGGAGAGGCUUAAUAGACUGUUAAUUGAGAAAAAGAUUGAGGACUUUGAAGCUGGGUGGAUUUGCAAAUUUGAUGCACAUAAGGAUGCAGUUUCUCUUCUCAGCAACAGAUUGGUUGAUGCUGAGAAUGAUGUGAAACAUCUUGAAGAGGUUUUUGCAAAUCGCAAGGUUUCAGAUAUUCCUGAAUGUAUCCCGAAUGAAUUGUGAAUGUAGACUCAGUAAGGUUUGUCUUUUAAGCUUUCUAUGCAAAUGAAGAACUACUCUUAUUUAUAUAUAUGUCAAACAAUAUGCUUCAUGUGCAGCGCCUGUGUUGUGCAUGAUGGAGUCCUUUAUCGAAUUUGAUCUCUGUAUGAUAGACUUGGUUUGCAAAGUUACCAGUA